AUGGAAGAUCUGAAUUCUAGAGAGAUCGAGACCAUAGGGAUUGAGUAUAUUGAGCAGCUUACGAAACUAUUAGCCAGUAUCCAAGCCAACUUUAUCCCAGAAUAUGAAUUCAAUUUCUUGAAUCUUGAACGGCUUACCUGUGAAACGAUAUAUUACUUCUACAAGCACGAGCUGAUCACUCGACCAAAUCUUGGUAUUUUACUCACGAAUGAAGACGCUUCAAAAUUAUUCAUAAAACACAUCUUACAAUCGUACCUUUAUGACCAGAAGAAGACUCGCAACUGGGUUCCUUUAAAUGCUAAAAACAUCCUCAACCAUUGGCUUCACUUCUCUUGGGGGAACAUGUUCGAGGGUCUCCCGGAAGUAUUCAAAAAUAUAUUUUCAUAUAACCUCAACAAAGCAGUUUUUGAGGCGUACCAAGCUUAUCCCCAAGAGAGAAAGAAUGAACGGUUAAAAUGGAUGAUGGACGGAAUAAAGAAUCUGGUGUUCAGUAAGAUUCCGACUAGACCUGAAAACCUUUUGAAUGCCAGUGGAAAUUCAAGAACACCCAUUGUGACUGUUCACACUACAAGCUUAAUGGAACUAGUCAAGGCGUUCAUUACUAUUCAUAAAGAUCCGAAAUCCCCUUCAGAAUUGUCCCAUUUAUUCCAAGCGAUAGAAUAUUACUCCAAGGCGAAUCCGAAUUUAUUUGCGAUACCUCAGCGAACCAGCAGCACGUUUAAGAGGAAGCGCGAUUUGAUGUCUAAGAGCGGAGAGAUCCUUGCAGAGAUCGAAAACCUUCAACUCUAUCUAUCAAAUAAAUUCAAUCAAAGUCGAUGGUUGAAUUCCAUCUUCGUUCAGCCAAGCAACAACUUUAAAUCUGUCAGUCAUCUGGAAGAACUUAGAAUUUUGGCAUGCUAUAUCAAACGUAUCGAGGAAGAUUAUGAGCGGAGAAUAGGAGUCAUGCUGCAAUCCAACCAAUUUCACCAAUAUUGUCAAGUUCAACUCGUUACGAACAGCUUGAAUGCGGUCAAAGCCAUGCUAAAAACAAUUGCAGAAUCCUCUUGA